GGAGACAAUUCUCAGGAGACUCAGAAGAUCCAGUCGGAAAAAAAAAAAAAUGGUGGAAGUUGACACAGUUGACGAGGGAGAUUGGGCCCACGCGAAGACGCUCGACUUGGAAGGAGACCCGUUUGACUACCCCGAUAAGACGAAACAAAAGAGUGUUAAGAAAAAGGAACGCGAAAAUGAAAAGCGAGAAACCAGCUCGGACGACUUCUACACAUUCAAUGAUGACUUGGGGGAUGGCAACAGUCAGACGAGAGGGAAAUAUCUCGCGAGCUCCUUUUCGCGAGUAAACGGAGACGCAAUGAAUGGAAGCACCGAGUUUGCGAAUGAGUACUACCUGAAGAAGAAGAGGAGCGAGGGACGUGGACACUCCAACGGGGGGGAGUACGAACGUGGCGACACGCUCGAAUAUGAAGUCGGCCGCAAAAAGGGAGCCUCUCGGCACGCGCAACUCCAGUUUGAGAAAUACACAGGCGAGACGAAGGAGUUCUCGGAGGUGGACUCCUACCCCGAGGUGGACAUGGACGCCAUGCUCGAGGGAGGGGAAGAGCAGCAAGAGUAUGCAGAGGAGGAUGAGCAGCAGGAGUAUGCAGAGGAGGAUGAGCAGCAGGAGUAUGCAGAGGAGGAGUAUACUUAUGUUGAGGCGGACGUGAAGGAGGAAUAUGCUGAAGAGGGGGGUGACGAAUACGCAGAGGGGGCGGUCGAAGAGUACGCAGAGGAAGCGGUCGAGGAAUACGCAGAGGAAGCGGCCGAAGAGUACGCAGAGGAGGCGGUUGACGAAUAUGUAGACGAAGCGGCUGAAGAGUCCGCUGACGAAGCGACGGACGAGGAACUGCCCGACGUAGACGGAGGGGCGAACUCCAUGCACCACCGCGAAAGGCGCAAGGGGCGCAUGCGGCAAGCAGAAGUCGGGGGGAAGAAGAAAAAGAUGCCGGACGAAGACAAACGAGGAAGCACCCGAGACCGAAAAACCACAGACACGCUGGAAGAGUCAGAAGGAAACGAAGAACAAGUGGAGGAGAAAAUAGAAAUAUAUAAUAAUGAGCAGAUAGAUGAGCAAGUAGAAAUUGCACACGUCAAAGGAAAAGGGAGGUGCAUGUUUACAAGAAAAAAUUUAGAAGCAGGGAAAAUUAUCUUUGUGGAAAAGCCGCUGAUAAUCAUUACCCCCGAUUUGAAUGAAGAGCUAUGGGCCCAUUUAAAUAAACUGAAUAAUGAGGAAAGCUUCGAGUUGCCUCUCAAGUGGCACUACGCUGCCUUAUGCACCAUCACGACCCUUAACGAGAGCGACUUUAGGGCCUGCAUAGACAAAUGGAUUCCGGAACCCGAUCGGGAGGCAGAUGCGGAUGUGUUCAACGUGCUGAAUAAGGUGUGCGAAAAGAGGUUCGCAAAAGAUGGGAGGCUGCAAUAUUUUUUUAUGAAGAAAAGGAUAGACCCCAAAAUAUAUGACCGGGUCAUACAGGUGUGGCACUACAACGCCUUCGGCCACCACACGGACAACGAGGGACUGGUUCUCUACAACCGCAUUUCCAUGCUCGCGCACAGCUGCAACUCGACUGCCUGCUGGCACUACGGGAGCAACGACAGCUUUGUCCUGCGCGCCAGAGUGAAGCUGGCGGUGGGCGACGAGCUGACCAUCUCGUACCUCGGAGACGACGACUUGUACAAGUCCUCCAACAUAAGAAGAGAAAAGCUUACCAACUGGUUAUUCGUCUGCAUGUGCAGCAGAUGCACGAACCCGAUCGACAACUCCAGGGGGUUCAAGUGUUCCACGUGCGGCGUAGGGACCUUCUUCAUCAAGAGCGAGUACCACGACGAAAUCCCCAUCGCGACGAAAUGCAACAUCUGCGAGUCGGAAGUAUCAGAGGCAAUGGCAUACGAGUACAUAGAAUACGAGAAGAGCUACAUCGAGAGGUUGCAAGAAACAGACAAAACAGACAUUGCAGAUGCAUUGGCUGUCUACGUUCAGGCGGAAAAAAUAUUUACGCAGCAUUGGAUUAUGUACCAGCUGUAUACCAUUUUGUUUGAGGGGUAUAGAGACAACUGCAAGUGGGAGAAGGCUAUCUUCUAUCAGACGCAGAGAAUCAAAUAUGCCGUGGAUGUGAUUCCCAGGGCAAAUUAUGUGCUGGCUUGGCUGUAUGAGGAACUGGGGGAGGCCCACGCGAACUCCAUAAGCACUGAAAUUUUGCAGUCGGAAAGGGACUUCACCAUCUCGUAUGAGGAGAAGAAGCGAAUCUGCUCGCACUUCCUCAAGUCCAUCCACCUGCUGGAAAUCCUCUGCGGGUACUCCCACGACUACCUGAAGGAUUCACUGAACAAAUACUACCGCAUCGACAGUUUAACGAGCACGGACGCCCCGCAAAUCGAGGAGUAGCCAAAAGGGGGAGCGGCGAGGAGUCCAGGCCGUGUCCAGCAGUUUCGCCGCACGUUUAGGAAUGAUAGAUGUGCAGAAAUAAUAGACGUGCAUGAGUAAUACACGUAUGUGCCUGUGUGGAGCUUCCCGCGAAGGGGGAGACUUAACCAAGGCGUCCACCCGUUCGGAGUGACACAACAGCAUAAUAACCCCUGCGCACGAACAUGUUCGCCGCGUUUGGGGGGGAAACACAAAGACACCGCCGCUCCCAUCAAGGUGACUGUCAAACGGGUAGCAGAAAAGGGGCUGCAACAGGCAACUCCCCACUUGUCAAUUUAACACCGCGGCGUCGUCCAUUUGUUCUGUUUUUAAAACAUUUUAAAUUGUUUCUCAGCGCACAGCGCAGGGCGCGUCGUUUUG